AUGUCAGACCAGGAGGCAAACCUGACUGAACCGGGGGAAUGGACAAUAAGAGUGGCAUCGUGGGACAUGUGGAAUACACAGCACUUCCUGGACCAUCCAGAGAUUGUGCUGUCCCUGGAAGAGAGUAUCAGUGAUCACAAGCCCAGAAAGGUCAGAAAGGACAAAAUGGAUUGUACCCCAGCAAACAGUGAUAUGACGGAAAAUACAGAGCCGAAUAUAAAUCAGGGGAACACCAAGUCGGCCUUAGAAAUAAAUUCUGAAAAAGCUCAGGAGAUAGAGGGUCAAGAGGAGGAAGAGGCAAAGGAGAAGGUAGAGGAGGAAGAGGGGGAGGAGAAAGCAGAGGAGGAAGAGGCGGAGAAGGUAGAGGAAGAGGAAGAGGAAAAUGGGGAGGAUAUGGAAAAAAUAAUACAACCAUAA